AUGGAGAAGGAUACAUCCCAGGUGUCUGAAUCCUUGGAUGGUUUUUGUGACACUCCUUUCUGGGACCUAAACCUCACUUGGUAUGGAAGCUGGCCACAGUUUACUGACUGCUUCCGCAAGACAGUUUUGGUGUGGGUGCCAUGUGGAUGGCUAUGGUUGAGUGCCCCCUUCUACACAUGGUACAUAACUGGCUUGCCCACCACCGUGUCCGGGCGGACAUUCAGUUGGCUUGUUCUGCUAAGACUGAUUCUGCUCCUUCUUCUGGUUGUACUGUCAGUGGUGGAUUUCAUCAAUGUUGCGGGCCACACAUAUCACGAUGUUCAUAGUCUACUCAAGGCUGAUGUGUUUGCUCCACUGGUCAUGAUACUCACGCUGUUGUUGGCCAUAGCAUUCACGGUUGCAGAAAGACGGAAGAGAUUUGUCACGUCUGGGGUGCUCUUUAUCUUCUGGCUGCUCAUCACCAUCAGCUGUGUGAUCACUUUUUAUACAUACCUGGAACUGGAGGUUUACCACUCAGAUGUAUUUACAUUUUCCACAUUCAGCUUUCAGUUUUUGUUCUGUCUGCUGGAGUUCCUUCUUCAGUUUAAAGCUGAAACACCAAUUCUGUCACAUUCAACACCAAAGAAACCGAGUCCAGAAAUUGGGGCCUCUUUCCCAUCUCGUUUGACCUUCUGGUGGCUAAACAACCUGAUGUCUCAGGGUUACAAACAGCCACUGACGGAGGAGAAUAUGCCAGAUCUUCAUCCCAGAGACAAGUCUGAAACAGUGGUCCCUCGGUUCCUGCACAGAUGGACUGCCGCCGUCUCCUCGUGGAAGAGAAAUGCUGUUGAUAGACCCAUGCCACAAAGGAGAGCUGACACACCAGCUGAAGAUAAUGAACGAAUUCCCUUGCUGCAUAAUCACAGACAGAAAUCCCAAGAUCAGGAGCAGCAAGCACUAGAGAAGAAACCAGUGGGGCCAUCUCUGAACUGGGUGCUUGUGAGAACUUUCUGGAAGGAGCUGCUGCUGAGUCAGAUCUGGAAACUGUUUGCUGACAUCUUGACCUUCUGCUGCCCUUUGAUUCUAGGGUCAUCGCUGACCAUGAACAAUUUGGCCCGGAAAGAAUCAACAAUUGGAGAAGUGGUCAACUUGAUGUCUGUGGACGCUGAGAGAGUGGAGAAUGUUAUGAGUUAUUUGUGGGCAGUUUGGUCAAGCCCUUUACAGAUCAUCCUGUCUUUGUACUUGCUGCACAGUUAUAUAGGGGUGUCCAUGUUUGCUGGUGCGGCCUUCCUGAUCCUGCUGAUUCCAGCCAAUGGCUACAUCACAGUCAAGCUGGGCAACCUGCAGACCAAGCUCAUGGAGCACAAGGACCAGCGCAUGAAGGUCAUGAACGAGUUGCUGAGUGGGAUCAAGAUCAUCAAACUGUUUGCCUGGGAGAGAAGAUUUGAGAAAAGAAUUCUUGGAAUCAGAGACAAAGAAUUACAAAUGUUACGUUGGGGAGCAAUUCUCACUUCACUCUUGACUUUCUCUUGGACGGCUGCACCUUUUGUGGUGUCACUGAUGUCUUUCCUGUGCUAUGUCUACAUCACAGACAGUCACUACCUGGACCCAAAGACUGCUUUUGUGGCCAUCUCCUUGUUUGACAUUCUCAGGUACGCCAUCAACUUUGCACCAAUGAUUGUCACAGACCUACUCAAGGCAUUCAUAUCUACACGUAGGAUUGGUCGAUUUCUGUGUCACGAUGACCUAGAUGAAGACAGUGUCACACACAUACAAGACUCAGACAAUGUUAUCUGUGUCACCACUGGAACGUUUAGCUGGAGUUCUCAAGGCAGCCCUACUCUCAGGAACAUCAACAUUAGCGUGGAAGAGGGGAGUCUGGUUGCUAUUGUGGGCACUGUAGGCAGUGGGAAGUCGUCACUGCUAUCUGCCAUACUGGGGGACAUGAAGAAGAUGGAAGGAACAGUCAGUGUCCGGGGAACUGUGGCUUAUGUGCCACAACAAGCCUGGAUACAGAAUGAUUCCGUCAGAAACAACAUCCUGUUUGGACAACCAAUGAACACAGAGCUGUAUAACAAAUGUCUUGAUGCCUGUGCACUGAGACCUGACCUGGUCAUGCUACCAGCCGGGGAUAGAACCGAGAUUGGGGAGCGGGGGAUUAAUCUCUCUGGAGGACAGAAGCAGCGUGUGUCCCUAGCCAGAGCCGUCUACGCCCAGGCAGACAUCUACCUCUUAGACGACCCACUGAGUGCAGUGGACUCCCAUGUGGGGCAGCAUAUCUUUGAUCAUGUCAUUGGACAUGCCGGACUUCUUCAAGGCAAGGCGCGUGUAUUGGUGACACAUGGCAUUCAGUACCUGGCAUUCACUGACCAUAUCAUUGUGAUGUCCGAGGGUCAGGUGUCCGAGGCAGGCCACUAUGAGAGGCUUCUGUCCCAUAAAGGGGAUUUUGCCAGGUUGAUCAGCACAUUCCUCACACAGGAGAAUGACAACGACAAUGCACAGAAUGAAGAACUGCAAGAACUGAAGCAGCAAGUUCUAAGAACACUCUCAGAGACAGAAGAUGAGGGAGAGUCGUCUGAACUUCCAGUAUCUCCUAAGGACAUUUUAAAGCAUUUAUCUUUCACGGUCUCUCAGAUCAUUGAGCAUUCAGAGAUUUCCAAAGAGGAAGGCAAGGGUAAGACAUUGGUACAUCAGUCAAGUGAGCAGUCAGGCCUCAUAGAAGAAGAGACAGUUGGGGUUGGCAAUGUGAAAUUUGGUGUGUUCAAGGAGUACAUCAAGUCUGUGGGCUACGUCUAUGUGUUGCUGAUCGUUCUCUUGUAUGCUUUCUACACCGGCAGCAGUAUGAGUGCCCUCAUUUUCCUCAGCACCUGGACAGAUGACCCGGACCUGGCCAACUUUACCAAGUGGCCACCUGACAGCUCUGCACGCAGACACCAGAACGAUUACUAUAUAGCCAUUUAUGGCAUGUUUGGCUUUCUUCAGACCGUGUUUGUCAUCGGUUUCUCCAUGGUGGAGAGCCUGAGAGCUGUGGCUGCCUCCCGCUUGCUCCACGGAUCCAUGCUGGCCAGAAUGCUCCAUGCACCCAUGUCCUUCUUUGACACUACUCCCAUGGGACGGAUCAUCAACCGCUUCUCCAAAGACCUGGAUGAUGUGGACAAUGAAAUACCCAUGACCUUCAUCAUGUGGAUGGACUGCGUGUUUUUUGUGGCCUCCACCAUCAUCGUCAUCUCCUACAGCACCCCCAUCUUCCUGGCCUUCCUGCUACCUAUAGGUGUACUCUACUACUUUGUUCAAAGGUUCUACAUAGCUACCUCCCGUCAAUUAAAGAGACUGGGUUCAAAGACCAGGUCCCCUAUCUUCAACCAUUUCAGUGAGACACUGACUGGUGCCAGUGUUAUCCGAGCCUUUGAUGCCCAGAGCAGAUUUGUCAGGGACUCUGAGGCUAGAGUGGAUGCCAACCAGAUAUUUAUGUUUACAAACUACACUUGUAACAGAUGGCUGGGCUUCCGUCUGGAGUCAGUGGGCAACCUGAUCCUUUUGUUAGCAGCCACAAUAGCUGUGGCAACCAAGGACUCUAUCAGUGGAGGCAUUAUUGGCCUCUCCAUCACAUAUGCACUACAGAUCACGGAGAGCCUGAACUGGCUGGUGAGAAUGACCAGUGACCUGGAGACACAGAUAGUCUCUGUCGAGAGAAUCAUUGAGUACACUGAGGUUGCCAUGGAGGCAGACUGGGAUAAUCUGGAGUACCGGAGUCCCCCUGGCUGGCCCAGCCGAGGUCACCUGCAGGUCGACAACCUAAGUCUGCGUUACAGAGAAGGAUUGGACCUGGUGUUGAAGGGCAUUAGCUUUGAGAUCAGAGCAGGGGAGAAGGUGGGGAUUGUAGGCCGUACUGGAGCAGGCAAGUCAUCACUGACCCUAGCCUUGUUUCGUCUGGUGGAACCAACCAGUGGUCGCAUCCUCAUCGACGAUGUGGACAUCUGUAGGCUAGGCCUGCAGGACCUCAGGUCUAAGAUCACCAUUCUGCCACAGGAUCCUGUGAUUUUCGCUGGAAGUCUGAGAGACAACUUGGACCCAUUCUCCGAACAUCCCGACAGUGCCAUCUGGCAGGCUGUGGACCAUGCCCACCUGCGAAGAUUUGUGGAGAAUCUACCUGACAAGCUAGACCAUGAAUGUGGGGAGGGUGGGGAGAACCUCAGUGUGGGCCAGAGACAGCUGCUGUGUCUAGGUCGAGCUCUGCUAAGGAAGACAAAAGUGCUGGUACUGGAUGAAGCCACAGCAGCAGUGGACAUGGAGACUGAUGAACUCAUUCAGGAGACCAUCAGAGAGGAGUUCAAGGACUGCACUAUCUUGACCAUUGCCCACCGGCUCAACACAGUGCUGGACUAUGACAGGAUCCUGGUGUUGGACAAAGGAGAGAUUCAGGAGUUUGACCCACCGCAGGUUUUGUUGAAGAACCCCACCAGUAUGUUCUUCAGCAUGGCAAAGGCUGCUGGGCUGGUAUGA